GGAUACCAAGAGGUGGGCUCGCUGCAUGCUAUAUGGACAGAAAUGCCCCUCUGCGCAUGCGCGUGGACGGGAGGAGCAAAGCAGCAAUAAAUGCCCCCAUGCAACCCAUUGGCUCUCCGCCCGCAUUCUCCUCUCUCUGCAUGUUGCAUGGCUGUCUAUCUCUCUCUCUCACACGACGUGCAUGCCGUGACGCUGGCCUAUGAGCAGCUCGAGUAGAGAUAGCAAUCUUCUCUUCAAAAGAGAUGUGAUCUUCCACAGAUUUUUGCUUCGAUCAAAACUGUAUAGCGCCAACAAUUCAAGUUCCCUCCUAAACGCAACACAGCGCAAUUUCACUUCCCUCCUAAACAAGCAGAGCGCCAUGAAGUAGCCUCGAAAAUUUGCUUCGAAAAUUAGCUUACCGGCCGCCAGCGCCAUGGAUUUGCAGUUCCCUCCAAAACCAAAAAAUCAUGUCUAUAAAUCAAGCUCCAUGGAAAGACCAGCCUACACACCUCUCCUUAGUCCGUAUGCUUUUCCCUGCAUCAGCACGAGCAUGCAAUGGAUCACCUCGACCUCAACUCCGCCAUUAACUGGAACGAGGUUGAAGAACACUAUGAUGGCAAUGCUGAAGACAUGCAUUACGUGUAUGUGUUCGAGGAGAGCGAUGACGAAGACGCUGCUGCGGAGCAUGCCCAUGGCGACGAACGCGGCGUGCACGACGCCAGUGCCCCAGGCGGAAGCGGAAGCGGAAGCGGUGGUCCGAGCCCUGCUGACCGCGUGCACGGCGCCGAUGCCCCAGGCGGAAGCGGAAGCGGUGGUCCGAGCCCUGCGGACGGCGUGCACAGCGCGGACACCCCAGGCGGAAGCGGGGGUAGUGAUCCGAGCCGUGCCGACGUCUGAACGUGGUCGUCCUAUAUUCAUCCAGCAGGAUAAUGCCAGGACUCAUGUCAAUGUUGAUGAUCCGGUUUUCCUUGCCGCGGCCCAGGCAGAUGGGUGGGACAUUCGUUUGGUGUGUCAGCCACCGAACUCCCCUGAUCUUAACAUACUUGAUCUAGGAUUUUUUGCUGCCUUACAAUCAUUGUUUCAGAAGUUAUUUCCAGGUUCCAUUGAUGACAUAGUCCGCAAGGUGUGCCAGGCAUUUGAGCAAUACCCAACUGAGAGGUGCAACAGGAUAUUCCUAACUCUACAAUCUUGCAUGCGUGAGGUUUUGAAGGAUAAGGGAGGCCAACACUACAAGGUGCCGCACAUGAGGAAGCUAGUCCUUGCAAAUGUUGAUGCCCUCCCGGUGAAGUUGCCUUGUGAUCGAUCCAUCGUGGACGAGGCGAGGGCUUUUUUACUUCAGUAGUGUGGUGGUAUUUUGUUGGAAUCAGAUCGUGA